UCUUAUUUUGUGACAACCUAUGAACUUAGUCCAUGUGUUUUUUAUUUACAUAAUGUAAUCAUAGAACACUACAAUAAAGAGUCAAAUCAGUGACUUAUAAGGGAUUAGAAUUGAUACUAUUUUCGAAUCAUAUAUAUGUCAUUAUGGUAUCAAUACCAAGAACUCGACCGAAUAUUUUGAUCACCGGUACUCCAGGGGUCGGUAAAUCAACAAUUUCUCGUUUAUUAUCUGAAAGAACAAAGUUUGUUUGGAGAGAAGUGUCUAAACUUGCUGAGGAGCACAAUUGUUUAGAUGAAUAUGAUCCAGAAUAUCAAUGCCCAUAUCUAAACGAAGAUAAGUUAUUAGAUAUCAUGGAGGGAAUGAUGGCGAGUGGAGGAAACAUAGUGGACUAUCAUGGUUGCGAAUUCUUUCCGGAGAGGUGGUUUGAUGCAGUCUUCGUUAUAAGAACUAACAACACUGCUCUGUAUGAUAGAUUAUCUGCCAGGGGUUAUACCGGGAAAAAAUUAGAAGAUAAUAUACAGUGUGAAAUAUUCGAGACACUGCUGGAAGAGGCUCAGUCUUCGUACAAACCAGAGAUUGUGCAAGAACUCCAAAACAACACAGAAGAUCAGCUACAUUCAAAUGUUAAUGAAAUUGUUCAAUGGAUUGAGAGGUGGAAGGAAGAGAAUAUAUGAUGUUAAUUUA